AUGAAAAAUUCACAAACGGUACAACGAACACCAGUAUGCACAACAGCACAGGAUACAGGAUUAGGUACAAAAAUUGCUACUGCUGCUAAUUCUGUUGCUGAUAGUCAGACGGUUUCUUCAAUGUCAACAGAAACGAGUGGACGAAAUCGAACAGAUGAUGAAGUUUCAAACUUUAAGGAUUUCCAAGAACCGGGAACUGCAUGGCAAGAUGAUGAACAUGAAUAUGAGACACAGAUGAAAUUACUCAAUGAGGAAUGGAAAAGGCCUGAUGUGAACGCAAUUAUGACAAAAUUACUCAAAAAUGAGUUGUCAUUCGCGGAAGCAGCCGAUCGUAUAUCGGUUAUUCUUGGACACGAGGUAACGACAGCAUCAGUACGGAGUCGUACCUUACACUGUUCUGAAUUGUCACAAUCAAGGCAGACAAAUAAUCAAAAUGAAGUUAAAGACGACAGGGAAAAUGGAGAGAAUACUGUGGAAAAAGAUCCGCGUAUUGCGAAAGAGUUUGGACCAGGACUUUAUGAAGUGAUACGAAAUUUACGCGGAAAUUUGAGCAAUAUAGCGAUCAAAGAGCAACAAAGUAACUGUGUACGAAUUUAUCGUAGAUCAACGACACGUAAUUACUACAGUUAUUAUCGUUGUUCAACGUGUGACCACCUAUCACGACGUGAGGUUCAAGGUGGUCAUCCAUCACCGAUCAUCAAAAUGGUCCAUGACAAUAUCGUUGGCGAACCAUUUCCAUCACAUCAUCCUGAAUGCAAACCAGUACCUCUUUCACAGCUCAGAGCUAUGCAAAUGCAACGGGAAAGUCGUCAAGAAGUGAUCGACGAAAUGUUAACUCCCUUUGAAGCUUGGUCAAGGGGACACCUAAGAGCUCUGUUAGAGGAGGCAAGAAAGGCUUCGCAACUUUCUAGACAGCAUCCACAAUGGAAAAAAGUCAAGUGUAAGUCACGAAAUGAUGAUGACAGGAAUCCAUAUGUAAGGUCAUCUGGAGAAACAUUAACGAAUUACGAAAAGAAAAUACAACAAAGGAUACAUGGGCAGUUAAAACGUCCAAGUUCUCGUACUAGUUCAGUCGUUUCAGAACGAUAUGGUGCUCAAACACCAACAGAUGACGAAUGUUCAUUUGCACGACGAAGGCGAGAUAGCUCUACUUUCAUAACAGAUGAAUCACAGACUCUUAUAUCGGAUGUUGCGAAAGUACCGGAUGCAGAUGGGUUAAUGUCGGAAGAGAGAGCACAAAUUCAGCAAUCAAGGGUUGUAAUGGAAGGUACAUCAGAAUUGAAUAAAACUGGAAAAGUCUCGUUUGCUUCAAGAGAUUCAGGCGAACCAGUUAAUGAUUUUGAUGGUAUAAAUCAAACAGUGUUCAGUGGUCAAACAUUAACUAGUGAAACUGGGAUAAAUCCUGCUGCUUCUACAAUCUCCAGAGGAACAUCGAAGGUAUGUGCAAAAAAUGAUCUUUCGAAUCAUGUCCGUAUAUUAAAAGCUGGUGCUGAACGCGAUACAAUCAGGGGAACUAGUCGAAAAUUAUUCGUGGUCGAUGAUGAGCACUUAUUGAAAUUGUUCCGACGAUGUCCAGAUUGUGGUGAGCAGCUAAAGAGUUUAUCACUUUCAUCUCGAAAAGCAGUACCGAUGAUAACCUAUAAAUGUGAGGGUAGUUGCGAGGAAAAAGUAUGGUUCGGUUAUGAAUCCAAAUAA